AUGGAGGUCAGAGCAACGGUGCCGCAGGUCGACUGCCCGUCCGCAGACGGCGCGGGCAUGCCGCCGCACAGCUGGUCCCAGCUCGACGCGGAGAAGUUCAUGGUGCGGCACGGGCCCAACUAUUCCAAGAACAAGCGAAAGGGCAGGAACGCCGGAGGUUCGUUCUACGAGGCGAGGGCGAUGGAUUGGUACCGCGGUACCGGCAAGGUGGACGGGGUGGCCAAGCUGGCAGCGGCGGAGGGGCUCCCCGAGGCGAAGUUCAGCCACCCGUCGGUGCCGUCACUGCUCGUGGUGAACGUGCAGCUGCCGAUGGAGUCGCCGCAGGCGUUCAAGGGCGCGAAACUCGACGGGCCCACGCUGCACGCGGUGUUCUACUUAACGCUGAGGGAGGAGACAGCCAAGGCCCUCCAGGAUCUAGAGUCGGCAGAGCCUUCCGUGCGACUACUCGCUGAGUACUUCAGGCGAGCAGAGUCGGAGCCGGAGAUGAGGACGCGGUUCAAGGCGAUAGCGGUGGUAAACAACCAAGAAGUAAUCAACAUGGCGCGCUUGAUAGCCCCCUUCAAUGGCAAGCCCGUCCUCAUCACGGAGAGCGGGACGCUGAUGAGGGGCACACGCAGACCGGGCGCAGAGGGGGAGGGGGCUCCGGAUUCUGUUGCCAGGGUGGAGAGCGAUAGCGCUGGGAGCAACGGCGGUAGCAGCGGCAGUAGUAGCGGCGGCAGCAGCUUUGGGGCAGACGAGUUUUUGGAGCUGGACAUUCACGUGAGGCGAUGGAACUUCAUGGCGCGAAAGGGCCUCAGCAAGCUCACCCCCAAGUUCGGGUUGAUAAACGUCAGCGUCGCCUUCCUUGUGGAAGGGAGAGAAGACAGCGAGCUGCCUGAACAAAUUCUGGGGUGCGCAACCGUGAACUGCUUCGACACGACGAAGGCGCGAGAGGUCGACGCAUGA